CAAACAUACUCUAAUGACAUAUUGAAGAGCUACCUUAUUAUUUUCACCUAUAAAAGGUUAAGUUUUCGGAUGAUUAUUUCACACGGUCUUAGGACAAGCCACUAGGGCUUAAAAUUGUAACGAUUCUAAAAAAACGAGCACAAGUUAUAAUUCUAAUAUCUAGAUCGGACUACCUCCCAUUGUGCAACUCAAAGUGUGAUGUGAUGCUCAUGAAGGGAUGGAUCACAAAUGCCUUCAACUUAAGCAUUCAAAUGUCAAUGGUGAGUCACAAGUUCCAGAGACUACAAAAUUUAAUGGUGAGAUCACAAGUGCUGGAGAUGGAUCAGUCUCUGGCCGCUGCCCUUUUACAACUCCACCAACUGCGGCGACUCCCAUUGCUGGCAUGCCCUCCUCGUUGCCUGCUAGUAGCGCCGCCACAACUUCAAUGCCUGAAUCGCCUACUCCAGCCAAUGCUCCUGCUUCAUUCAUGCCCAAGGUUUCAUCUCCAUCGAAAGCUCCGACGAAAGCGCUCACCCGUAGUCACUAAAUUAUUGACUAAAAUCAAUCAGUGGAGGAACUUCUGCUAUACCCUGGGAUCUAUAUAUCAUGAUAUAUCCCCUCAUGAUAGGGUUGUGCAGCCUGUAGGCUGAACUUACACUGGUUGGCCUACCAGCCAAGUCAAUCUAUAUCUGUACAUCCGCCAAUCUGUAAUGUUCUAUGAAGAUCCUAGCCCACUGCAAUCUCUCUAGGCUAUAUCAAACCUCUGUCAUCAUCUAACCGGCUACCUCAACCUAGCGUGCUGGGGAGACUGCAAUCUCUCCUAACACGGUUAGACAGAAUCCACAUGCUAUCUGAGUCAUGUGGUUGCACGUGUUUGAAACUAGCAACGGUAUUGUGCUCUACUGUAAUUAUAUCUAUCUGUAAUUUCCAUAGGGAUCUGAUAUCGUGUAGUAUUGUAUACAUAUAUAAAUAUAUACUCAUCUUGCUGCUUUUAACAUGAUUUAAAAAACAAUUAUAACACUA